CGCGCGACUGCAGGCGGUCGUCUUUGUAGUGACUAGUGAGACAUGUGUUACAGUGACCAACCUCCGCGCCAAUAGCGCAUUCUGAGCUCAACUCUACUCCACACAAACCGGUCCACCAUUUCUUAUAUGUAUUCACUAUAUAUAACUACAUUAUAAUCACAGAUCACGCAAACGGCGGCGGCGACGGCGCGACAGCGUGUGGCGGCACUGAUGGCGCCAGCACUGCUCGUCGCGCUGCUCGCCGCGCUGCUUUCGCCCUCUACACAAAAAAGCGGCGUGGAUUGGGAAACGGCGACGUCCAGCUUUGGCGUAGGUCAAUUGCGGAUAGGAGAACCGAGUGAAGCUGAAGCAGCAGCAGCGGAGGCUGCUCUAGCAGCAGAGAAUGCACCCGCUUGGCGUGAGCUAUGGCAAGCUUCGCUGGAAGCCCUGCGGCGUGAGCCUGAGCUUAAUGCCACGGCCGAAACAGUACGCGCACAACUUGGCUCUGUAGCUUUCUUGCACUGCCCGGUGCGACACCUCGCUGAACGACAGGUGUCUUGGGUGCGACGACGUGACUGGCACAUCAUUAGCUCCGGUGCCUUUGUGUACACCAACGACGAGCGCUUUCAGGUCCUGCAUCGCGAAGGUUCCGAGGACUGGGUGCUGCAGAUCAAAUACGUACAAAAGCGAGACAAUGGCACGUAUGAGUGCCAAGUUUCAUCCAGCAAUGGUGCACUGUCGCGGCAGGUGCAUCUUCAAGUGGUGGUGCCUGAGGCACUGAUUUUGGGAGCGGAGGAGCUGCAUGUAGAUGCAGGUUCGGCAGUGCGGCUUGUGUGCCUCAUCGAAAACAGCCCUGAGCCGCCGCAGUACGUGUUUUGGUACCACAACGCUAGAAUGAUUAACUAUGACGCAGCGCGUGGCGUAUCUGUACAAACGGCCGCAGCAACGCGUGGUUCGCGUACGCAAUCAGCGCUCAGUGUACACCGCGCGCGUCCAGAUCACUCUGGCAAUUACUCCUGUCGGGCGCCCAAUGCUGAGCCCGCUCACAUCUACCUCUAUGUCUCCGAAGGCAGUGACAAGAUGGCAGCGACACUGUCUCGCAGUGCGGCCGCUACUAACAGCGAAACAACACAUGCCGUACUAUUAUGCGUCGCAGUUGCUGCAGUGCUCGGUUGCCAGAAACGACUUCACCGUUGCUAGUGAAAGUGUUGAAAGUCUAUCGUUAACGUACUAAUCUUUAUUACUUAGAUUAUGAACAAAAUUCUAUUAGAAAGAAGAUUCGAUCGACUCGACGAUGAACUUGUGAAAUUUUUAAGGUUUUAAUACUAUAUGUAAUAAUAAUUAUUGCUCAAAGUUAAUUUCUGUUAGUAUUAACAAAGUAGGUUAUACAAAUUUGUAUAUUUAAUUUAUUAUAGUGACGAUAUCGUAGUUCUUUAAAGAUAUGUUUAUUUCUCACAGAUUUAUCUUAAUGGAAGUUGACAAACUCUUUCAAGUUCUAAGCUCCAAUAAAUCUUUAUACCAAAAUGUAUCAAUAUCGGUUUAGCGGUAAAUAUCAGGUAACUUUUAUAAUGAUUUCAUACAGAUAUAAAAAAAUAUCUAUAUUGUGUAUAACUUAUCACCACAUAUAUGAUAAAACCUACGGUUUUGAAACUCUAUGAGAGUUCCAAAUGACUUACUAUUUCUAAGAAUUAUAUUAUGUAUUGUUCUUAUUUACAUUUGAAAUUGUAUAAGCACUCUUAACGAGUACCUACAAAUAAUUAUAAACUUUAGAUCAAUAUAAUCAAAAAAGAUUAAGUCAAAACACAAUAUAAGGUAUUUUAAUCAUGGUUGAAUUUCAAGUUGAGAGAGACAUGCAUAACUCUAAAUUCAUUGUUUACCUUUACUUGAUCUCUACAAUAAUUUCACUUUAUUCUCAGCACAAGUUUCAGAACAGUUGAACAGUCGUACGACCGUGCUAUAUUACCUGAGAUUUACGAAAAUAUUAAAAUAAUUAUGUUAUCUUGGCAUUGCCAUGAAUUAGGGACUUAAUAUUAUUAUAUUCAAAGGUACAAAUGUUUUCUUAUAUUUUUAUUAUAUUGUUAUUUCAAAUUCUAUGUACAUAAAAUGAAAAUUCUGUAAUAUAAGCGUAAAAGUCUGAGUUAUAAAAUAUAUCUGUAACAUAACUGGUCUAUCAAAUACAAGUAAAUGUUUUCACCUUCUCGCCAAUACAACGUCUAAAUAAAUUAAUUUUGAUUUUG